AUGAAGGAGGUGCGAGGGAGAAGCCUUAGCUUUCUCGCUUGCGCGGCCAAUGGCGACCCACACUGCCUCCGCGAUAUGAUGAAUUUAUGGAUGGAGGAUUGGUAUCAAUUACGGUACAUAAGAUCAAAGCAACGUUUCAACAAAUCGGUACAUCUAAACGGAAUUGAUACCGUCUAUAAUGCGUCGGAUGGGAGAGCGUUCAAAAGGCAGGCUGACAGCAGCAGUGUCAAAGACAACGCAGACAAAAUAAAUAGGAGGGAGGUGUGGGAAGUGAGGCGGAAGUAUUGGAGCUCUGCGAGCACAGUUUUUGAAGUUCAAUUAUAUCAGAGAGAAGAGAGAGUCUCGAUAUUACCUCAACUGUCACACAUAAAGUGGAAAAUAUGGUCGGCAGUUGUGGGGGGCUAUCGGGAGAGUAGCAAGGGGUGCGGGGUGCAGGGUGCAGGGCUGCUUGCUAGUCGGCGCGCGUACGCGACGCUUCGGCGCGCCGGCAGAAACGCUUCGAACAGGUUUAUAGCUUUUCUUUCAGCUCCACUCAGAUGGAGAGAGGUGAAGAAGCCCGAGGGAGUCUCGGAUUUAUCGUCGCAGGCUGAGGAGCAGCGGCCUCGCACGCCCCGCGCCCCGCACCCCGCACCUAACACUCCGCUACCCAGUACUGAUUUAUACCGCGCAAUCUCGCAAAACUUACUUCACAUUUAA